UAAACGAGAAGGGCGCGCUCGACGAGCGUCCAUAUAAACACAAUAGUUUUCUUUGUAUACGAUUCAAUUCUCUCCCAAUUUUGACUGCCUCGAUCACUCCUGUUCGCGUCGCGAGAUAAUACCAUGGUCGAUUAGCUGUGCGUAUUGUGUAUCGAGUGCGAAAUUGUGUUUGGAGAAACAGUUUAUUCAGUGUGAUUCACGGCGAACUUCCGAAUUUUUAUUUCGUGACGAUUAAGGUGACCCGACUGACUGACCGGUGUUUCGUGUGACGUACAAGAGUGAAAUCGCGGAUUCCCGGUAAAAUGAGCCCGCUUUUUCGUUGCGUCGGAUUUCUGGCGACGAUUGUCAUGAUCGUCGUGUCUGAGCCGAACGACUUGACGAAGGUGACAAUUCUUAAGUGUUGUCGAGCCGAUGAGGAGUUACGAUCCGACGGCGACUCGAACGACAACAAACUGCCGCGUUGCGAGCAGACGCUCAUCCCAUGGAAGCCCUUGAUUUAUUCACCGCAGCGGCAAAUCUUCAUCGAUACGCUGCCCAUCGAAUGGCACAUCCUCCAAGACCGAAGACCGGAAUGCGACGAUCAUUCUGAGCUGAUCCACGUGCCCUUCCGGAAGACCAACCCGUUUAUCCUGCUCGAAAACGGGAACGCCGUCCUCGAGAUCGCCAGCAGCGUCAACUUUCCUGCCAGCCACUAUUGCGCCGAUUCCAACGCGUUGCUCGUGUGCGUGCAGAGAAAAUCGACGAGUAAUCAUGCAGCCGCGACGAUGAGGCCCCGAGUACGACGAUGCUGUGGCGAGAACGCCACUUUCCACGAACACGGAAAUACUUGCAUUCAUUUAAAAGAAACUGCAGACGCACCACCUCUCUUGCCAAACGUGUCAUCUGUUGUUGAAAUUGUGGCGGGAUUUCCAACUUGCCCGAAAUCCGACAAUUUUACGAUCCUGGGAGAUGCGAAGGAUGCUGUGUUGCAGCCUGAUGGUGGUCUGGAGAUAAACGGCGUCGCUUUACCUACCGGCCAGUUUUGUGUCGAGAGAAUCAAAGAAUUCAACCAGAUAGCCAAGGUGUUUGCCUGUCCGGAACAUGCGCCACAAAGACCUGCAAUUCAUGCGACGGACAUCAGGUUCACCCUGUAUCCUGUGGGCUUCAUCAUUAGCGCGAUCUUCCUGGCCGCCACCCUGGCGGCCGGUUGGCUGUUACCCGCUUCUCAUCACGUCUUGCACUGGCGUUGCCAGACUCAUCAUGUCGCUUGUCUGAUGAUGGGUGAUAUUCUCAUGGCCAUCAUUCAGCUUGCCGGGGAUUCCCUGCACGGUGUAAGCUGCAAGGCGCUCGCGAUCAUGGCACAUUUCUUCUUCCUGGCUGCUUUCUUCUGGCUGAACACGAUGUGCUUCAACAUCUGGUGGACAUUUCGGUGA